AUGAAUGAAGAUGACAAGGUGCGCGGGUUCUUCCAGUUCUCUGAAGACGAGAUUUUGAGAACUCCGUACACGAAAUUUGAAUUGCAAUACCCAAAGACUGGUGAUGCGGAUGACUUGGUCCACAUAAGAUGUUGUUACAACAAUAAGUACUUGGUGAGGUCUUCUGCAGAAGACGAUUGGAUUGUUGGGGCAGCUGAUGAACCUGAGGAAGACAAAUCCAAAUGGUCAUGCACACUUUUCCAACUUCUUUCUUCGCAUCACACUACAAAUGGUUACACUUUGCGCCAUGUCCAAACUGGAUUCUUUGUGCAGACCGAAUCUUUCCAAAGCCAUCCCCAUUGUCUGUCUAUUCUCCCAGUGGGUGAUAUUGACAUUCAAUUAGUAGAUAUGGACACCCUCGUGACAUUGCCAAUGUAUAUCGCUUUCAAAGGUGAUAAUGGCAAAUACCUCCGUGCCCAUAUGGUCAAUAAUCAUGAAUAUAAUCAGUUUGCCGCCGAUGACAUAGGGGGUAAGGUAGCCCGGUACCAAGUCUUCCCAUUAUAUGAUGGCAGAGUCCGCAUAAAGUCCCUUCAGUAUGACAAGUUCUGGAGGCGCAGCCCCAAUUGGAUAUGGUCUGACAGCAGGGACUCCACCAACAACAAUAAAGACACAUUGUUUAUGCCUGUCAAGGUUGCUAGCAAAGUAAUUGCUCUACGAAACCUAGGCAACAACUUGUUCUGCAAGAGACUUACCACUGAGGGCAACACCAAUUGCCUUAACGCUGGCACUUCUGAAAUUACACGAGAAGCUCAGCUUGAGGUUGUAGACACUGUUCUUAGAAGGGAAAUCUACAAUGUCACUUUUCAAAUAGAGGAUGGCAGGAGAUAUAACAUGACCACUGUGGACUCGAUAACCAAAGAUGUGACUAAUAAAAAUAGUACAGAGACCGUAGGAGAUGUAAGUUUCUCGUACACAGAAACUAGGAGCAAUACUUGGAAUAAGAGUAAUUCAUGGAGUUUAGGUGUCUCUGUCGAUAUGACAACCGACAUUCCAUUUAUUGGAGAAACAGGGAUUACGAUUGAAGGGUCAUACUCAGGAGAAUACUCAUGGGGAGAAUCUCUAGAAACAUCAAAAGAAUUGAGCACAAGUGAGACGGUUACUACUCCACCCAUGACUAGGUCAAUAGUGACUAUGUUAGUACAAAGGGGCACCAUUGACAUCCCUUUCACUUACGAUCAACGCGACACUCUCUAUGAUGGAACAACUGAAAUCACUCGACAAGUUGAUGGAAUAUUUACUGGUGUCAAUACUUUUGUCAAGUUUGAUAUCUCUUAUGAGAGUCUCUUAGAAGAAGAGAUAUAG